AUGGUAUACAACCCCGAAGAGCCAGCAUUAUUUUUAAGACCAGCCGCACCACGACCACCAGUACCGGCUCCGAGAGCAGCGCCAAGGCGAAAUCGUUGGGAUCAGAGACCUGCUGCACUAGCGGUACCACAAGUAGAAGAGCAAGCGGCACCGAGAGUCAUACGCCGUAUUGCUCAUGUACCGCGACUACCACGUGAGGUGCCAGUACCGGCUCCGAGAGCAGCACCAAGGCAACCGCAACUACCACGUGAGGUGCCAGUACCGGCUCCGAGAGCAGCACCAAGGCAACCGCGACUACCACGUGAAGUACCAGUACCGGCUCCGAGAGCAGCACCAAGGCAACCGCGACUACCACGUGAAGUAUCAGUACCGGCUCCGAGAGCGGCACCAAGCCAACCGCGACUGCCACGUGAAGUACCGGCUCCGAGAAGAGUAAUUUGUAUUGGUGCUCAACCUCUUAGAGGAACAGCACGUCAACGCCUAACGAAGGCUAUGAGGAUGUUAGCCACAGCAUCCUCAAAAAAGGGGCGUUAA